AUGGUAGCACAGCAAACAAAACUGAAUUUUCAGCCAGCUGAUGAGAUAUUUUUGACUUUAUCGGCAUUACAUACUGGCAAGUUUGAUAUGGAGGCAAUGAGGGAGGCUGCUACAAAUUGGGUGUUAAUGCAUGAGCAUCCAUUCACUAUCUUGGAAGAAGAAGGUUUUAACAUCAUGAAGAGACAGGGAAUGCCAAAGUGGCAAAAGAUCUCUCGGGGAAUAGCAAAAAAUGAUUGCGCGACAGUCUAUGAAGUUGAAAAGAAGAAGUUGAAGCAUGAUGACUUCUCCAUAUCAAAAAAACUGCUAUGUGGAGGCAAACUUUUUCAUGUUCGAUGUUGUGCACACAUCUUGAAUCUUGUGGUUCAAGAUGGCCUUUCCAAGAUAGUGGACAUCACCAACAAUAUUAGGGAAAGUGUGGAAUUUGUCAAUCGCUCCAAGGGAAGAGCUUUGCUAUUUGCUGAGAUUGCCCAACAGUUCCGAAUACCAGGGAAAAAAUUGCUUUAUGAUUGUCAGACUAGAUGGAAUGCCACUUUUGAGAUGCUGAAUUGUGCCAUCAAAUUUAGAGAUGUUUUUCCCCGCUUUCAAGAUAGAGAGCCACAUUAUGAUUUUUGCCCAUCUCCUGAUGAUUGGGAUAAAGUAGAAAAAGUUUGCUCUAUCUUGGAGAAAUUUUGGACAGCCACACAUAUUAUGUUUUGGACUGAUUAUGCUACAAGCAACUUGUUCCUUCAAGAGAUGGCAAGAAUUAAGAAAGUUUUAGAUGCUGAAGUCAAUAAUGAAGACGACUUCAUCCGGGCCAUGGUAACAAAGAUGAAAUCCAAGUUUGAUAAAUAUUGGGGCGACUGUAAUUUGCUAAUGGCAAUUGCUGCCAUUUUAGAUCCGAGACAGAAAAUGCGAGUUGUAGAGUUCGCAUACCCUCAAAUGUAUCCUCCUUUCAAAGCUCAAGAGCAUAUUUCAAAUGUUCAAAAAGUCCUAUUUGUUCUUUAUGAGGAAUAUGUUGCUUUAAUGGCCAGUAUAGAAGGAAGAGCAAUGGAAGAUUAUUCUUUAGAAGGCCGGCGAAAAAAUGCACCAGCUUCUUCUUCUUGGGAUGAUUUCGAUAUCUAUUGUGAUGAAGUUGAGACUAAUGAACCCCUUAAGUUGGAAUUGGCUGAUUAUUUAGAUAAGCCUCGCCAAAAGACUGGAGUAGACCUGAAAGCAUUUGAUUGCUUGGAAUGGUGGAAAAUAAACCGAAUUUCCUAUCCAGUGUUAUCUCAAAUGACUUGUGAUAUCUUGGCCAUUCCAGUAAGUAUAGUGGCAUCUGAGGCCACGUUUAGUGGCAGGACUCGAGUAAUAGACCCCUAUCGAGCUUCACUUCACUCAGAUACUGUUCAAGUGUUGCUGUGUGCCGGAGAUUGGUGUAGAAAUCUCCAUGGAGUCAAAAAGGAAAUGAAGCAAGUUAAGAUAAUUAAAGAAGUUGAGUUGCCAAAAGUAUGA